UUUUAUCCCCUUCAUUGUGAACAAAAUGAAAGCUUUUUGUGUAUUUUAGUGUAAAUGCAUCAGAAAUCUGUGGAUCUUCAGUUUACUCCACUCCUCUCUCACAUACCUCGUCCAUCUCCCACUUCUUUACUUCGAUGUCCGAUACCUGACCUGUGGAACAAAGAUGCAUGUAUUUGUGCCAUAGUCGUAUGUACCUUAGGGGAGGAGUGAUGAACUACAAAGCACAGAGUAUGAGAGAGCACUGAUCACACUGAAGAAAUCUCAUCUGCAUCAGGUUGCCCCGUCACCAUGAAGUCUUUCUUUAAUUUUUUUAAGACAAAGCUGGGAUGUUUUGGGAUCUUCAGUCUUGUUCUCAUAGUUCUGGAGGACAUCCUAGAUGAUAACUUCUUCUGUCCCUGCAAACAUUAUGGCUACAACCAUGCCAUCUGUGCUUUCUAUGCUUCUGUUCCUGCACUUGGCUGCUUCUUUGGUGCUUUGUGUUUUAUGGAUCUGUCACCAGAAACACAGGAUGAAGUGUUAGACUGUAAGUCCAUUUGUAAACUACAAAGAGUAGUGCCCUCUUUUCUCUGUGCACUUACCUGGCUGUGUCUGUUUUUCCUCGAUGGUCGAUACCUGGCCUGCGCUUAUUCCAAUUGGGAAAGUGUCUACGCUAAAUCUGACACUUCAUGGAUUAUGCAUUGGUGCAAGCCAACAGGAAAUAACACCUUAGUGUUAGAGAAACAGCAGAGGACUCUGGAGCUAAUGGCCAUUUCUCAGUUUACAGGUUUUACCCUGAUGGCAGUAGUUAUCGUUAGCAUGGCGAUAUUAAGGUGCUGUAAGCCAGAACUACUAGGCGACACUACUGCAAAAAAGCAAACACCACAAGAAGGCAUUCUUCUACUCCAAACUCAGGCCGCGACAAAGGCACAGACAACUAGUCUGUGAUCAGAUGGGAAUCGAACAUUACAGGAACAUUACAGGAACAUCAGCGAUUUAAUAUAAAUGUUAAAAGUGUAAUGUUUAGAAGUUCUUGUAACACAACAGUUCUGCUUUAAUUCCUUUUACUUUCUGUUAUCAUCAUUCCUGCUCAUUUGUCUCAUAGUAUGUUGUUAAGUCGUGAAAGCUCAUGGAAUGUCUUUAUGUAGUCUAUAUUAAAAA